AUGUCUGAUAUACUGGAUGUCCUGAACAUCAAAUCUUUCCCACAGAAAAAGGGGAAGGAAGGAAACCAACAACCGCAACAGACUUCUUCUGAAUCGAGGCAGAUAUAUACGCCGGACGAUUAUGCGACCUCGACGAAGCGUAGAAAAUUGUCUGCUAUGAACAGAGAGCUAUACAACCUUAUUGGCUCGAACGUCCCCUCUUUGGCAAUAGAUACAGCCUCUGUUGCUAAUGCGGGAAGCGGGAAGAAGUUCAAAGAGAAACUGGUCAACACUAAAAAGAAUGCGCCAUGGAAACACAUCGGGUUCAAAAAUUCAGCAAGACCCGAUGGACUUGUAUUAUACCACUGGACAAAAUCCGAUAAUGAAAUCGAGCUAGACCCUAAUGAGUACCGAUAUGCAAAGUACAAUACCAGUCUAGAUAUUCCUACAUUCACUGAGGAAGAGUAUGAAGAAGCAAUGAAAGAAGACGAGGAGAAGGUCGAAGAGACUAUCCAGAAGGAAGAUUCAGAGAACGUGGAAGGAGCUGCAAGUCAAGAUCUUGAAGUAGGAGAAAGAACGUGGACAUAUGAUGAGACAAAAUUCUUAUUUGAUCUAUGCUCUACAUUCGAUAUGCGUUGGGCUGUCAUUUACGACAGGUAUCAGGACAAGUAUACUGGUAGGACUAUUGAAGACCUCAAAGUGCAAAUGUACACGAUAUCUGCACAUUUGCUGGAAAAGAGGGGAAACUUGAACGAUUCUGCUCUGAUUAAGGCACUCAGAUCGUUCAACAAGGACAAAGAGCUUGAGCGUAAGUAUUACUUAACGAAAUUGAUUCAUCGUGCACCAACUGAAAUUGCCGAGGAAGAAUCGUUGGUCAUAGAAGCAAGAAAGUUUGAGCUUGCGGCAAAGAAGAUGUUGCUUGAACGGGCCCAGCUGUUACAGCUACUUGAUUCUCCACAAUCUUCGGCAUCGGUGCAACAGUAUUUGACGUCCCAGGGACUGACACAGUUGUACAACUCGCUAAUGGCUGCCGAUAAGAGCAAGAAGCGCAAGGCGGAAGUGCCAGUUGCGCCUCUUCUUGGUCCGAAUGCCAUUCCACAUACGCAGCAUCUUCAAAUUGGAAACAAACGACGCUCGAAUGCUGGCCAGAACUCAGUGGGCUCCAACGGUGGAGCCGGUAAUGGCAAGGCAACUGUAAGCAGCAGCAGUAGCAAUGGCGUCAAGCCCCCAAGCAAGCUCAGCGAGGUUCAGCAGCUAUUGCAGAAGAAUCUAACGGCGGAGGAGCUUGAAGUGUACGGUAUUGAGAUCCACAACGAGCGGAUCCAGCCCGGUGUGCAUGUGAGGUCGCAGAAGAUCGCGUCCUUCAAACCUAGCGUGCAGGCGAAGGUGCACGAGAUUCUCGGACAGCUGGGGCUCUCGACCAAGCCGACGAUGCCGACGGGACCUGUGAGCAAGAAGUUUGACGAUCUCUUGUACAAGAUCUCGCACUUGGUUGAUCUGAAGAAGCAGAGCGACAAGCUACUUGCGGAGAUCGAGUUGAUCAAGAGACAGAAGGGGGUUUUGUAA